AUGUCAACCCCAAGCCAGAGCAACGCACAGCAGGUCAGAGACUUUGUCUCGACCACACAUGACAAACCAUACCCAGCUAUAGACCCUGAGAAGUCGCCGUUGCCUGAGGGUUAUGUCGUUUGUAUUAUUGGAGCCGGAGGUGCUGCUGGUGCAGCACUAGCCAGGUCAUUCGCCACAGCCGGAGCAUCAGGCAUCAUCAUCGCAGCACGAACACAAGCAACCCUGGAAAAAACAGCUGGGGACGUCUUUUCUAUCAACAGCUCGACAAAGGUUGUCUCGGUCACAUGCGACAUCAGUUCAGAAGCCGAUGUGGUCAAGUUAGCCACCGCCGUGAAAGAACAAUUCAACGGAAAGCUUGACGCAGUCAUCGUCAAUUGUGGAUUUUCCGGUCCAUUGUCCAAAGCUACAGUUAUUGAAGAAGACGUUGGUGACGUUCGAAAAGCAUUUGCUGUUCACUGCACGGGUACCUGGCUUGCCGCCCAUCACUUGCUUCCUUUUCUCCUGGAGAGCAAGGGCAGUUUCAUUGUGAUUAGUUCGAUCUCCGCACAGGGAAUCAGUGGCUUUGGAACAACGUCUCAUUACUGCACAAGCAAACUCGCACAAGCUCGUAUGAUCGAAAUUAUUCAUGCCCAAUACGCCGACAAAGGCCUCUUUGUCGCCAAUGUACACCCUGGGGGGAUGAAGAGUGAAUUUUCACUUGCUGCAUCAAAGGACAUUCAGCACUUGCUGAACGAUAGUCCUGAUCUUGUGGGCUGUUUCUGUGUAUGGCUACUUAACUCCGAUGGUGUACAGAGGCGUAAAGAAGCUCUGAAUGGGAGAUGGUUGUCUUGUAAAUGGGAUGUUGCGGAGUUGGAAGACAGAUACGAAACUAUUCAACAGCGUGAUUUACUUAGAUUCAGGAUGGCUGUUGAAUAG